AUGGCAGACGUACAGAAGCCAAGCAGCGGGCAGCCCAACGGCGAUGCGCCGCAAAAGACCUUCCGCGUCACCAACUCCCCGGCCAUUGCCAACGCACCGCUUCCUGCUGAAGGUAGCGCUUCAUUCAACAACUACCACCUCGCCGGCUCCGUCUUUGCCGUCACCUACCUCUUCCAGCGCAUCUUCCUCCCCUUCGCCAAGAGCUGGACUACUUUCUUUGUCCUCCUCGUCCUCCUCUUCCUCCCUGUCACUGUUGCCUACUGGACCCUCUCAUCCAAGUUUGGCAAACGCGUCAAUGAAAAGGUCCCCUUCCCGAACCGGCCCCAGGGCGACUAUAUCGAGAUCAAGAGCGGCGAUAUGGACAAGUGGCGCGGAAAGAAGAUCCCCAUGCAGAUCUUCCACGAUGCCUACUUUGAGGGCAAAUUUGAGUUCAAGGGGGACGUGCUGGAUGUGAUGGAGUACCGUCAUGACUGGGCCUCGUUCGAGUUUACCCCAGCUCUCUUCAAAUACGUCUUUGUCAACCUCAUCCCCGACGUUCUCCUCCACUCGCGCACCCAGGACGAGGAGCAGGUCCGAGACCACUAUGACCGAGGAAACGACUUUUACUCUUGGUUCCUUGGACCCCGCAUGAUCUACACCUCCGGCGUCAUCACCGAUAUCACCCGCCAGGAGACCCUCGAGGAGCUGCAGGACAACAAGCUCACGAUGGUCUGCGAGAAGCUCAACCUGAAGAAGGGGGACCGGAUGCUGGAUAUCGGGUGUGGAUGGGGAACUUUGGCUACUUUUGCCGCCAAAAACUAUGGCGCCGACGUCACUGGAGUCACCCUGGCCCGCGAACAAACCGCCUUUGGAAACGCCCGUCUCCGCGAAAACAAUAUUCCCGAAUCCCAAGGCCGCAUCAACUGCAUGGACUACCGCGACAUCCCCGCCAACAAGGGCUCCUUCGAUGCCAUCUCGUGUCUCGAAAUGGCAGAGCACGUCGGGAUCAGGCACUACCCCAAGUUCCUGCGCGAGGUGUACGAGCUCCUGGACGAUGAUGGAACGCUGGUGUUCCAGGUGGCUGGGAUCAGGACCAACUGGCAGUACGAGGAUCUGAUCUGGGGUCUUUUCAUGAACAAGUAUGUCUUCCCCGGUGCGGACGCCUCGCUCCCCCUCGGAUGGGUCAUCAAGCAGCUCGAAGCUGCCAACUUUGAAAUCAAGUCGGUCGACGUGCUUGGCGUCCACUACUCGGCUACUCUCCACAGGUGGUACCUCAACUGGGUUUCCAACAAGGAUAAGGUCGUCGAGAAGUACGGCAUCAGGUGGUACAGGAUCUGGGUCUACUUUUUGGCCUACUCUGUCAUCAUCUCGCGCCAAGGGUCCGCCAGCGUGUUUCAGAUCACCGCUCACAAGAACCUGAACGGUUACCACCGGGUCGAAGGUAUCCCGUCGCACAGCUCUAUUCACGCUCCCAUCAAGACCAAGAUCUCACCGGCAGUUUCGCACGCUAGCAUGUGGCCCGGACACAAGGAGCUCCGAGCUUAG